UGGAGAACAGGCAAAACACAUACAUUAAAUAAUUUAGUGAAUGUUUUAUAUACAAGAUCCUUAUUCCUUAACUAUUGUCCAUUUACCACAGAAAUCCCCAUUGAUGCAAACAUCGCAAUAACAACUUGUAUCGCUCGAUGCAACGGUACCAUCACCUAGGCCAGUUACAGCAUGCAACUUAAAAGUACCUUUCAAAGGCUUGACCAAGCGCUUCUCUAGCUUAGCUGCAGAUUUGGAGCAUUCCUCGGUAGACACAAAUAUGAACUUUACUUCUUUUAUUGAAGAUGAAUGCGCCCACGAAUAGAACUCUUUAGCAUCGCCAAUGGCCACUCUGCCUGCACAAACAGCCUAGUCGGCCAACGGCUUUGUGGUCCCUCCAAGUCUGUUGCAUGGACCUUUACCUUGUCCUACUUCUUGGUAGCUCCAGCUGCAUUCAACAUUAUACAUAUCUUUGAAGUUUUCAACUGUGAGGAAGAUCUGUUUGUUCCUGUAUUGAGAAGUAGGGCUGUCUGUCCAAAAGUGUAUUUUACACCCACCUGGUUCCAAUAUCAUGAAUAUGCGCUUUGGAUUUCAUCAACAGUCUUACAAGCGUAAUUUUCAGCAAAGUCCAUCUGGACAAUCAUUUCAUCACUUUUCAAGUUCUCC